ACGCACACUCCCUCUCUCACCCCCGUCUCUACUUUCUUUCAUUUUCCGAACCUCUCCCUUUCUGUCUUUCUUCAAUUCUGUUAUCGAACCCUAACCCUAAACGUAACCCUAAUGCGCUCUCAAUAUUUAUCCCCCUCCCCCGGUUAAAACCCUAACACUGGUUUCACCUUCGAAUUCUCGUGAACUCGAGGGCCUUUUUGGGUAUCGAUUUCUGAUAUGGACUCUCAGCCGAACAAUCUAUUUGAAACAGCGUCGCAGCCCGACACUGCCAACGACGCCUAUACCUUCCUCGAAUUCAACACCCAGGGCGAGGACUUCGACUACCCCGAGUUCCGGGAUCCGAUCCGUUCCCCGGUGGCCUCCUGGCCCACGCCAUCCGAUUCCCUUUCCGACCCGAAUGAACGAUGCGGAGGCGGCGGCCCUGGGUCGGAUCCCCACUCGGAUGCCUCGCCUGUAUCCGCUGCCCCGGGCGGCGCGACCAAGACCCGGGUAGGUGGCUCGGGCAGUAGCAGUAGCGGUGGGCAUAAUAACAAUAACAAUAAUAAUAAUAGCAAUAACCAGGUUGCGGAAGUCCUAGCGGCUGGGAUGGGAGGUUUGAACUUCGAGGAGACCGGAGAUGACGAUAGUUACGAGUACGGGAAGGAGAAUUUUACGGAGCACGCAUGCCGGUACUGUGGUGUGUCGAAUCCAGCCUGCGUGGUGCGCUGCAAUGUCCCUUCUUGUCGUAAGUGGUUCUGCAAUUCCAGGGGGAAUACGUCGGGCUCGCAUAUCGUCAAUCACCUGGUUCGAGCGAAGCACAAGGAAGUUUGUCUUCAUAAAGACAGUCCUUUGGGAGAAACAAUCCUUGAAUGCUACAAUUGUGGUUGUCGCAAUGUGUUCCUGCUUGGAUUUAUUUCAGCAAAGACGGAGAGUGUAGUGGUUCUUCUUUGUAGAGAACCUUGUUUAAGUGUUAAUGCAUUGAAGGACAUGAAUUGGGACCUGAGUCAGUGGUGUCCCCUGAUUGAUGAUCGUUGUUUUCUGCAAUGGCUUGUCAAGAUCCCAUCUGAACAGGAGCAGUUGAGGGCACGCCAGAUCAGUGCUCAACAGAUAAACAAGGUAGAAGAACUUUGGAAGACAAAUCCUGAUGCUUCCCUCGAGGAUCUUGAAAAGCCCGGUGUGGAUGAUGAACCUCAGCCUGUAGCCUUGAAGUAUGAAGAUGCAUAUCAGUAUCAAAAUGUAUUUGCACCACUAAUUAAGCUUGAGGCUGACUAUGAUAAAAUGAUGAAAGAAUCUCAAAGCAAGGACAACGUCACAAUUCGGUGGGAUAUUGGUCUUAACAAGAAGCGAAUUGCUUAUUUUGUUUUUCCAAAGGAAGACAAUGAGUUGCGCCUUGUACCGGGAGAUGAGUUGCGGUUGCGUUAUUCUGGAGAUGCAGCUCACCCAGCAUGGCAGUCAGUGGGGCAUGUAAUCAAGCUGACUGCGCAAGAGGAGGUUGCGCUUGAACUCCGUGCUAGUCAGGGAGUCCCAGUUGAUUUGAACCAUGGUUUCAGUGUUGAUUUUGUGUGGAAAAGUACAAGCUUUGAUCGCAUGCAGGGAGCAAUGAAAACUUUUGCAGUGGAUGAGACUAGUGUUAGCGGUUAUAUUUACCACCACUUGUUGGGACAUGAAGUUGAAGUUCAAAUGGUUCGGAAUACAUUGCCUAAACGUUUUGGUGCACCUGGUCUUCCGGAGCUUAAUGCAUCUCAAGUGUUUGCUGUAAAAAGUGUCCUUCAGAAACCUAUAAGUUUGAUUCAAGGUCCACCUGGCACAGGGAAAACUGUCACUUCUGCAGCGAUUGUAUAUCACAUGGCCAAACAAGGCCAAGGGCAGGUUUUGGUCUGUGCCCCCAGUAAUGUGGCUGUAGACCAACUAGCUGAAAAGAUAAGUGCCACUGGUUUAAAGGUUGUUAGGCUUUGUGCAAAAUCGAGGGAAGCUGUGAGUUCUCCAGUUGAGCAUUUAACUCUUCACUAUCAGGUUCGACAUCUUGACACAUCUGAGAAGAGUGAACUUCACAAGUUACAACUACUGAAAGAUGAACAAGGAGAGCUGUCUAGCAGCGAUGAGAAAAAGUAUAAAGCACUGAAACGGGCAACAGAGAGGGAGAUUUCUCAGAGCGCUGAUGUCAUUUGCUGCACGUGCGUUGGUGCUGGAGAUCCUCGAUUGUCAAAUUUUAGGUUUCGCCAGGUACUCAUUGAUGAAUCUACUCAGGCAACAGAGCCUGAAUGUCUUAUUCCUCUGGUUCUUGGGGCAAAGCAGGUUGUACUUGUUGGUGACCAUUGCCAGCUUGGUCCAGUCAUUAUGUGCAAGAAAGCAGCUCGUGCUGGCUUAGCCCAGUCUCUCUUUGAACGUCUUGUUCUACUUGGUGUCAAACCAAUCAGAUUGCAGGUUCAAUACCGUAUGCACCCAUCUCUUUCGGAGUUUCCUUCUAACAGCUUCUAUGAAGGCACACUACAGAAUGGAGUAACUGUAAAUGAAAGGCAAUCAACGGGCAUUGACUUUCCUUGGCCUGUGCCGAAUCGUCCAAUGUUCUUUUAUGUCCAGAUGGGACAAGAGGAGAUAAGUGCCAGUGGGACAUCCUAUUUAAAUAGGACUGAGGCUGCUAACGUGGAAAAGAUUGUAACUACUUUCUUAAGGAGCGGUGUGGUUCCUAGUCAGAUUGGGGUGAUAACACCGUAUGAGGGACAAAGAGCAUAUAUUGUAAACUAUAUGUCAAGAAAUGGUGCUCUCAGACAGCAACUUUACAAGGAGAUAGAAGUCGCAAGCGUGGAUUCGUUUCAGGGAAGGGAAAAAGACUACAUUAUCUUGUCGUGUGUGAGGAGUAAUGAACAUCAGGGAAUUGGAUUCCUUAAUGAUCCUCGUAGGCUCAAUGUUGCUUUAACACGUGCUCGAUAUGGUAUUGUCAUUCUGGGGAAUCCUAAAGUCCUGAGCAAACAGCCACUUUGGAAUGGCUUAUUGACCCACUACAAGGAGCAUGAAUGCUUGGUUGAAGGGCCUUUGAAUAACUUGAAGCAGAGUAUGGUUCAAUUUCAGAAGCCCAAAAAGAUCUAUAAUGAUCGGAGACUUUUCUUUAGUGGUGGACCUGGAGUUGUGCCUAACGAUACUUUUGGUUCUGUUGCAUCACCUGGACAGAAUGCUGAUAGAAGAAGCAGUCGUGGUAGGGGUACUUUCAUAUCUCCUGGACCUCCUAAUGGUACCCAUAAGCCCGGGGUGCAUCCUGCUGGGUAUCCAAUGCCUCGGGUUCCCCUUCCACCAUUUCAUGGUGGUCUGCCUUCUCAGCCAUAUGCUAUUCCAACUCGUGGUGCCGCCCAUGGGCCUGUGGGAGCAGUUCCUCACGUCCCUCCACCUGGAAGUCGGGGCUUUGGAGCGGGCCGUGGAAAUGCUGGUGCUGCUAUUGGCAGUCAUCUCCCACACCACCAAGGGACCCAGCAAGCUAUCGGAAAUAUCGGCUCUACUUUCAACUUUCCGGCUCUGGAGAACCCAAACAGCCAGCCAUCUGUUGGCGGUCCAUUAUCUCAACCUGGGUUUGUUAAUAAUAUGCCAGUUCAAGGGUCGAGCCAAACAUUUCGUGAUGGAUUUUCCAUGGCGGGGUUGUCUCAGGAUUUUUUGGGUGAUGAUUUCAAAAGCCAGGGAUCACAUGUUCCUUAUAAUGUUACUGACUUCUCCACUCAGGCUUCUCAAGGUGGAUAUGCCGUUGAUUAUGUAACCCAGGGAGCACAAGGUGGGUUUCCUGGUAACUUUCUGAACCAGAAUUCUCAAGCUGGAUAUUCACGCUUUGGUACAGGGAAUGAUUUCAUGUCUCAGGACUACAUGUCUCAUGGAUCCCAAGGUCUAUUUACUCAGGUUGGCUUCAGUGACCCCUCACAAGAUGAUGCAUCGCAGAGCCACUUCAGUGUGGCAAAUACCAACCCACUUCAGUCUCAGGGCUUAAUGAAUUCUCUCUACUCUCAGCCUUUUGGCCACUACAACACGCAACCACCUCUGAACUUGCAGGCUCCACAACAACAGCCUCAGUCAGGUCAGAGUUCCUCUCAAACUCAGAAAAUCCAUUAUAAUGGUUGAGACUCUGGGAUUUGUGGCCGUGAUGGGUUAUGAUCUUUACAGUCAGCAACUUGGUUUGUGCUCUCAUGUGUGCCCAAGUGUGUCUGCUGCUCUAGGAAGCAGAGGAGUUUUGGCUUUUGGGGGGGUCAGUUUGAUUAUCUCCACAACCCGUAAAUUAUUAUUUCGGGGGUUUGGAAUAAGAUGGGGUGGGGUAAAGAUGGAUGGGGCUUUGAGAGACACUGGGCAGCACAUCCAGGGCUGAGAGAGAAAAGGAUAACCCCAAUUACCUGCUUGAAGUUUUGUGUUGUUUUUUGAGAGAAGGUAAAAUUGUUCUGAAGGGAGAGCAUUACAUGACACAUGGUAUGAUCGAAAGGGUUUGGAUAUUUGAAGAAGCCUGAAGAAUCAAGGCCAUUCAUAGUGGGAAAAACCACCAUUUUUAUACAGCAGCAGUAACCACCGAAAAAUUCUUAUAACGGCCAGCCGAGAAUAGUCUUAGCCUCUAACCCUUUCAGCUCGUCCUGACGUGUAAUUAUACUCUCCCACAUUAUUAUUGAAUGGGAUGAUGAAGAUAGCUAGCUUAGGAGUCUUUCCGGGCGCAAAGUAGUGCCACCAGAUGGAACCGUGGUGGCAUAUAUGAAAUUUGUGAUAGUGGUUUUCAUGUGUAAUUCGGUUUACUUUUUUGCGUGGGUUGACAUAAUGUGUAAUUUCGUUUGUCUUUGAUGCUUUU